GCGACUAUUUAUCACAAUAAAUCAAAUACGAAACUAGCAAUGAAGAAUUAUAACAAAGCUCUGAAAUUCGAAUUAAAAUCUGAUAAAAUUAAUUCAAAUUUAGAUUUAGCAAAAAUUUAUUACGGUCUUGGACAAAUGUAUGAAAAUAAGUACGACUUUACUAAUGCACUUGUUCAAUUCGAAAGAUCACUUGAUCUUCGAAAACGAUGUUUAACACUUGAUCAUCCUUUAAUUGAAGAAACAUUGAGCACUAUGGGAUUCGUCUAUAAUAAGGAAGGUAAUAAUGUGAAAGCAUUGGUAUAUUUAAACGAAGCUGUUGACCUACAAUUAAAAACUGAAUCGAUCUAUUUAGCAUCUACUUGUAUAAGUAUUGGUUCUAUUCACCAUAGUAAACAAGAUCAUAAAAAUGUAUUACUUUAUUAUCAAAAAGCGCUC